AUGGAUAACUUCAACUCAUAUGGCGGCCAAUCAGGCGGCGGCGGCUUUAUGCCAGGCGAGACGAACAGUCCAUCCGGCGGAAAGGUGCGAAUAGCUCAUGCGAUAUCCCGUCAUUCGACUGACAUUUCGAGAAAGACUGGCGACCGUGAUAACAAAACACUCCGUCCCGUGACAAUUAAACAGAUUCUCGAUGCCAGCUCGCCGUACCCAGAGGCUCCCUACCAGAUCGACGGCGCCGACGUUGCCAACGUGCUCUUCAUUGGCCAGGUGCGCAAUAUCAGCGCCCAAAGCACCAAUGUCACAUACAAGAUCGACGAUGGAACAGGCGAGGUCGAGGUGAAGAAGUGGGUGGACUCGGCUAUGGCUGAUAGCAUGGACACCGAUGAGGGGACUAAGGGGCCUGGCGAUGGGAAGAACGAGGUCAAGCUGAAUGGCCAUGCUCGUGUCUUCGGUGCGAUCAAGUCUUUCGGAAACAAGCGAUACAUUGGUGCGCAUAGUGUGCGUCCGAUGACGGAUAUCAACGAGCUGAACUGCCAUCUCCUUGAGGCUACUAUGGUCCAUCUGUUCUUCACUCGUGGGCCUCCUGGUGGUGCUAGCGGUGGAAAUGCGCAAGGCGGCGAUGCUGUGAUGGGUGGGGCUGAUGACUAUGCGAAGAAGAUCUACAAUGUCCUGAAGACCGAGCCCCAAGAUGACACCGGUCUUCACUUGCAACAGAUUGCUACAAAGCUGAAUGUCCCCGCGACUGAUGUGGCACGUGCUGGCGAGGAGUUAAUGGGCGCUGGUGUCAUUUUCUCCACUAUGGACGAACAGACCUGGGCUAUUCUUGAGUACGAGUAA